UAUUUUCACUCGUUUAUUUCAGGAUGAAACUGCGGCGGCGGACACUCGUGAGGGAGAUAAAUCCUCAUUUAAUAUGCGUCCUCUGCAGCGGAUAUUUUAUCGAAGCCACGACCAUCGUCGAAUGCCUGCAUUCGUUUUGCAGGUCGUGCCUCGUGAAGUAUUUGGAGAAGAGCAAGUUCUGCCCUAUCUGCGAUGUCCAACUGCAUAAGAACAACCCUCUUCUUAGCGUCAGAUGUGACUCAACGUUGCAACAACUCGUUUAUAAACUCAUACCCGGCCUGUACGGAAGGGAAAUGGCAAGAAGGAGGAAAUACUACUCGGAAUUGGGUGGACCCAGCUCGGAUCCUGACUGCGGUGAAUUUCCCGUCGGGGAUGCUUAUUUCUCCCCCGAAGAUUCCAUCAGUCUUUCUUUGGAGUUCGUCAACUGCAUAAAAGAUGAAGAGUCGAGUGGGAGUGAUUCGGAAGAAGGGGCCGCCGAUAAACAGGCAAUCCACCACAGAAGAUAUUUGCAAUGUCCUGCUGCGGUGACGAUGUCCCAUCUGAAGAAGUUCCUUCGCAUGAAAUACGGCCUCAGUCACGAUCACAACGUUGAUAUAAUUUACGCCGGAGAAAUUUUGACCGAUGACUUUUCACUAAUGGACGUGGCUUAUACUUUCUCUUGGAAUAGGGCAUCACCUAUGAGAUUUAAAUUUCGCCUACUUCAGAGAAAUUCCAUGGCGCAGAUAGUUCCUAAUAAAGACCUCGUGUCGGUCCGUGACAACGGGGUUUCUCAGGCUGCCAAGAACGAAUCGGAAGGUAAGAAGGAGGCUCAGUUGUGUCCUCCGGCCACAAGCGCGCCCGUGAAGAGGCUGAGCUUUCACGAAGGUGAAAAUAAUAAAGUCGAGUCGUCCAAGCCGAAGAAGAACGGAACCGAAAACACCAACGGCCAUCUGAAAAGGAGUUUGGUUCAGGAGAAAACGGAAAACAGGGAAAAAGAACCCGCCGACGAACCCGAAAUCAAGAAGGCUAAAAUAGCCGAACCUGUCGUCGACAAAGAGAAAGAAGAGAGGCUCCUGAAGAAAGAGAAAGAAAGAUUGAUAUACGAAGAGAAAGUCAAGAAAGAAAAAGAGAAGAAAGAAGAAGAAAGGGCGCGCAGAGAAAAAGAAAAGGAGGAGAAAGCGUUGAGAAAAGAAAGAGAGAAGGAAAAACAGACCGCUGAAGCUGCUAAGAACAAACAGAAAGAUAACCGAAACUAUAUACAUAAUAACAGGAACCGGGUUAUCGAAGGAGACGACGACGAUAUAGUAGAAGAGGUCGAGGAAGAAGUCGAGGAAAUCGAGGCUAUGGAGGUAGAUGAAGAAGAGGAGGAAAGACUGCAAAUAACGACACCAGAAGAAGAUUUGGUCGAAGAAGAACAAAUCGAGGAAGAACCAAUAAAAGAAGUCCGUUAUGUCCAGUCGAAAUCCGAAGAACGUAGGAAGGAGAAGAAAAAGAACAAAAAAGCGAAACAUCAUCAUCACCACAGGCACCACGACAGAAAGAGGGAUUCUCCGCCCGCGGCUACCAUACUCCACUCAUCCGAAAACGACAUAAUGAAGCUGAAAAUUAAGUUGACGGAUAUUAACAAACCGAAAUAUAGCGUAGUUGAUCCGAAUGAAGACAAGAAGGAAAUCAAAGAAAACGGCUACGGUCAUAAGCACGACAAGCAUUCGGAAAAAGUCGAUCAAAAACAGAAGGAAGAAGAAGCGAAAAAAGUCGUCGACGCGGCCAAUAAUAAUAAAAUAGACGCGGUAAAAACAAAAAAUGAAAUUUUGGUUAAAGAAAAAAUGCCACCGAUCAGGCAAACGAUCCGCCAGCAGAAGCCGUCUCCGAGCCCCCCAUCGCCGAAAAUGAGCCCACCGCCGAAGCCGGCGGCAAGCCCCAAAGUAUGCGUGUCGCCCAAGUCCCAGCCGAUAAUGCCGAAACAGAACGGUUCCGUCAAAGCGGAACCGAUCAAAAUGCCUCCUUCUUCGAUCACAGUGAGCAAGAUAACAGCCGCUGAAAAACGCCAAAUGGAACAGCAGAAGUUGCUCAUGCACCGGAACAAUAGCAACGGAGUGGAUUCGAAACGGCCCUCUUUGGAAAUCAUGCUUGUGAACGCGCCGAAAAAGGCUUCCGAUUGCGAGACGAAGCCCGUCGAGGUGAAGAAAGUCAUCCGGCCGACGCCUCCAUCGAUCCCUCUCUCCCGGUUGGGCAAAAACGUCGCAUUCGGUCCCAAAAGCUCUCCUCCCCCGCUCGUCCCGGCGACAAAAGCCAGUUCCCACGACGAAAGCGGAGCCCUAGACCUCUCCGGGAAAUCCUCCAGGAAAUCGCCCGACGUCGAAUCCGCGAUGCGCAACCUCGUCACCCUCUCCGACACGGCCGUUCACGUGAGGAACAUGAUGUCCCAGGAACCGCCGCCCACCCUCAAAAUCCCCGUCCCUCCGGCCAUCGGUCUCAACAGCAAAGUGCCGUCGCUCCAGAUGGCCUACCAGAACCAGAGGACGAUCAAGCCCGUCCCGAAUCAAAGCGUGAGGCAGAUUCCAAAUCCAUCCGCCCUCAUGUUCAGACAACACAACAUGAACGGCAGGACCGUCCCGCCUCCGGGUGUUCCCAUCAAUUCUCUAAGAAGGAUAGAAAGUAUGACUAAAAACAUCGAAAAAGUCGCCGCUGGCCUAUCCGUCAAAGCUGCCGUCGAGGCGGGCUACGCCAUCAAAUGAUGGCAGUUAAACUCACUUUCCAAGAAGAGUGAUAAAUUAAAUAAAAAUUAGAUAAUAGUCUAGUCUCUAUUAGAAAAAAAAAUUCAGUACAAAACAUUACACAAUUAAUUUUGCUUCUCGUUUAGUUCCAUCACUAAUUAAAGCGAAGACUGCCUUCAUUGUAAAUAUCGAAAUGAAUUUAUUGGAAAAGUAUAUAUUGUAAAAAAACUAACAUCAUUUACGUAAUUAUAAAUUUUGAAAAUUAUUAUUGUUAUCUUUGCACGUACAAGAUGUAAAUUUUAGUAUAAAACCUUAUAUGUAAAUUAUUGUUAAUUUUAUUUAUCUCUUUUAGAAAGUGAAUAUUUAUUGUAAAUUAUAAAACGAUUCAAAUAAUACUGUUUAGCAUAGUGAGUGAAUGGAUUAUUAGUGUGUUAGUGCAUACUUUAAAAAAAAGUACUUUAUUAAACAACAACCAAAUUGUUAGUAGGGUAUGACUUAUUAAUAUUACUCACACAGUAAUACAUGUAAUAAAUCCUUCCUAAAAAAGGAAUAGUACAGUUUUUCUUUUAAUUUUUUUGUUAUUGAAUGUGUUAAAAUUUAUGCUUCCCCUUGGUUUUAUGUUAUUUGUCCUAUUACGAUUGUUCCAUUGUUGUAUUAUAAGUUUGUUUUAUCGGUCUGAGUGUUAAUAUAUUGUCUGAUUUUAAUAUAUUGUAAAACGUAUCAUUUUAAAAGUCAAAUGUAUGGUUUAUUAUUUUCGGUUUUUCAAAACGGCGUAGAUUUAACAUUUAGGUCAUUAAAAUUUUUUACGUCUAUGUAUACAAUAUUUACUCUGUACGCCAUAUAGGGUGUAUUAUUUAAAUAAAAUGUUUAU